AUGACGUUGGUGUGGCUUCUUGGCGGGGGGAAUGGUCUUCAUCUACUUGGACACCUGGAUGUCAUCCUGGAGAUCCAGGAGUCGGCAACGACACAACAGGUCCGUGACGCCUACAAGAAAGCCGCUCUGAAGACACAUCCCGACCGCGUCCCCUCCGACUCGCCCGAACGAGCAUCCCGCACGCGCAAGUUCCAGAUCGUCAACGACGCCUACUACACACUUUCCGACCCUUCGCGACGCCGCGAAUACGACGCCCAGCGAAAGAUCUUUGGCACCUCGUCCGGGCGCAAGGCUCCUGCCGCGGGCGCCGACCCGUUUGAGUCGGACGAAUUCGACGAGGAGGUUCCACCCCAGGCCGGUGGCGCCCAUGCGCAAAAUGCUUACUCGUGGGCGUGGAACUACUUCACCGGAAAGAAUGGCGCGGCCGGCAGCAGCGAGGAGCGGCAGAAGACCGAGGAGGCGCAGUUCGGCGACGUCUUUGAGGAGAUGCUGCGCGAGGAGGGCAUGGCCGAGGGCGACGGCACGAAUCGCCCGACCGGCACCUUCUGGAGCGUGGUCGGCGGCGCGAGCGGCGGCGCGCUGGGCUUCAUCAUCGCCAACGUCCCGGGUCUGCUGGCCGGGGCGGUAGCAGGGAACAGGCUGGGCGCCAUCCGUGACACCAAGGGGAAGAGUGUGUAUGCUGUUUUCCAGGACUUGCCGCAGGCAGAUCGCGCAAGAUUGCUCACGCAGCUGGCGGCCAAGGUGUUCAGCCAUACUGUUGGCGUUUGA